AUGCUCUCUCUUUCGAGAGAGAUAUCCGUAAAUGUGUGGAAGAACAAACUAGAGAAGCUUUCUCUGGAUCAUCCUAGAGUUUACGAAGCAAUAACACCUAUGGUUGAGAACUGGAUUGCCAGGGAGAACGGAUAUGCCUUUACUUUCAGAGUCAUGCAGAUAGCAACCGGACACGGCUGCUGUAACUACUUUUUGUGUAGGAUCAACAAAUUUGAGUCUCCAAUAUGCUUUCAUGGUGGUUUGGAUGAAGGUACGGCGAACCACACUCUGGAGGAGUGUAACAGCUGGGAUCUUGCUAGGGAAAAACUGUUUGAAGUUUUUGGAAAUGACCUUAAUCUGUGGUCUAUUGUAAAGAAAAGUUUGGGUGAUGCCGAGUAA